AUGAUGGCGAACGAUAUCUUGCCAAACGGAGGCCAACCUACGACGGCUGGCUCGGUGCCCAGGAUCGUCUCCGUCUUCGAGGACUUUCCGUCCCAGCUCCUGCAAAGGUUCGCAAAUGAAGGACGCAUCAAGCUCGUCAGUGCUCCAUCCGGGCUGCCCUUCUCUGGAGUGAACGAAUGGCUCUUGAGCGAACUGACUGGAGCAGAUGCAGUCAUCACAUGGCCGUACGUGGGCAUGUUCGGGGGGAACCACAUCGCAGCAGCCAACGCUGACGGGGACAAACUCAAGAUCGUAUCGACGUGCUCGGUAGGCACAGAGGCGAUAGACAGGAACGCUUGCCGUGCAGCGGGGGUCAAAGUGGGCUACACGCCAUACAUCGGCGACGACUCGAUUGCAGAGUACACCAUCGCUAUGCUUUUGCACUACUGCAGGCGGUUAGAGGCGUUGCACGAUAAGGCCACGGCGGGAGGCUUUCUGGACGCACAAAAGGACGUGUUACGGAAUCCCACACUCAACUGCGGCUUCUCGCCCAGCGGCAAGGUGGUCGGCUUCUAUGGCUUUGGGCGUAUCGCUCAGAAGACCGCCGAGAAGCUGCUGGUGUUCGGAGUCAGCAAGAUACUCUACACCACAUCAAGCGUCAAGGCCUUCACAUCCGAUCGCUUCCCGCGGCUGCACGCGCUACGGGAAGCCUUCUAUCCCGGCACACAGAUUGCCAACGAGACCGACCUGCACACAAUGGCAUCCCAAGCCGAUAUUCUGAUCAUCCUCUGCCCUGGCAACGCAUCGACGAGCAACACCAUCAACGCCGGCGUCUUUGACAAGAUGAAGCCGACGUCGGUCGUGCUCAACGUCGCGCGGGGAACAGUGCUGGUCAACGAAGACCUCGAACAUGCACUUCGCUCCAACCAAAUCUCUGCGGCUCUGCUCGAUGUGAUACAGGGCGAGCCUCACAUCAACACAGACCAUCCUCUCCUCGCGGCAGAUCUACGCGAUCGCGUCCUCAUCCUGCCUCACGCCGCCUCGUCCGUCGUAGAAACAAGAAGCAUGAUGGCCGACAUCACAGCCCGCAACAUCCUUACCACGCUUGGCUUUGAGGACGAGCUGCUCGGUGACAAGACGGCUUUGCUUGCGCAACAAGCCUGGACACACUUUGCGGAAUAG